UCCUUUUAUCAGUUCUUCGAUCAAGCCAGAGGGAUGGAGUACCUGCAGAACAAAGAGUUAAGAAAACUGCUUAUUUUCACCGUGUUGCUCGGUUUCGUAUUCGGAUGUUUUUACAUUUUCACUCUUGAGAACUAUUUCACAAACAAAUCCAGUAUCAAUUUGGAAAUCCUACAAAACUUCGAGAUAUUUAAAGAUUUCAUUAGGUACAACAGCACAGACCUAUUGAAUAACGAAAAGGUGAAAGAGUCUUCAGCAAUAAUUAACAUUAACCAAGAUCAAGAGACAAUUAUACAAAACUUUACUUUAGAUGUAAAGACAGAAGAAGUGCGUCGAGAAGAGAGAAACAAGCAACCAACUCAAAGCAGCAAACUGAGCAAAGCUCUUUAUCCAAAAACAGAUGCUCAAAGAGAGAAUGUCACGAAAAGCCGAUCUAAACAUGCCUUAUGUCGUGUUGAUAAAUCUACACUUGGCCCUAUCUAUGUCGAUGACCAUCCCGUUGAUAUCUUGACACUAAGUGAGGGCGAAUUACAUUUUGUCAAGCAAGGAGGUCAGUGGGAACCCGCAGAUUGUAAGCCGAGAGCAGAGCUUGCUGUGGUAAUUCCAUUUCGAAAAAGAGAUGCUCACCUUGCAAUGUUUUCACGCCAUAUGCACAAGUUUUUGAGGAAACAGAAGAUCAAGUACCGAAUAUUUGUCAUUGAACAGGAUGAUGAAUAUGAGUUUAAUCGCGGCAAAUUAUUGAACAUUGGCUUCAAAGAGGCUCUUUCUCGGCACCCAUUCACCUGCUUCGCGUUCCACGAUAUCGAUCUACUUCCCGAGGAUACCCGCAACGAUUACGCGUGUCCUAGCUCGCCAAGACACGUGUCUGUUGCUAUUGACAAAUUUGGUUAUGAAUUGAUAUAUCCCGAGUUGUUUGGUGGAAUCGAAAUGUUUCGUACCGAAGACUUCAAGAUGGUCAAUGGUUUCUCGAACUCAUUUUGGGGCUGGGGUGCGGAGGAUGAUAAUCUUUAUUUUAGAAUCAUGACUCACAACUUACAGUUGACAAGACCUUCCAUGACUGUUGGCCGGUACAAAAUGCUGAAGCAUCUAGAUAUGGAAGUGUGGGGUGCACCAAACAGAAGAGACAUUUUGAAAAAGUCGAAAAACAUCAAAUACAUUGGAACUGAUGGACUAAGCUCGCUGCAGUAUAAAGUAAACAGAGUACUUGAGCUGCCCCUUUUUACAGUAGUGAAAGUCAAUCUUCAGAUGCACAAGGACAGGCUGCUUGGUGUUCAUGACUACUUUUAAAGGACUGGUUGCAUGCAGUCAAAAAAAGAAACUUGGUUAGCAAAAGCUAAGAUUACUUAGUACCUUGUCUAUAAUACACAGUACCUUGGAAAAAUCCUGUAUGAUAAUUUGAGCUGCUUUAGAUUUUUAUAUUUUGUUAUAAUUACGUUAGUAUGAUAUGUUAGUCUCGUCUUCAUC